AUGGCGAAUCUUAAAUCAGCUGAUAAUCAUGCUAAUCCGGCUAUUCGUCUUUAUAAUGGUUUCUGUCGGGCUAGUAGUGUAAUUUUACUUUCAUUUAUAGAUGCUUUGAAUGCUGUACGCCCUGGUCCUAGUGCCGGCGGUGAUCAUCGUACUAGUCGUAUGAUUAAUGGUGGUUAUUAUCGUGACCGUAAUGGUAUUCUUCGUGAAGAUCCUACUGGUACUCUUGCUGAUGAUUAUUAUCGUUGUGCUUGUAAUAAUCCUCGUUACGAUCUUGAUUAG